GCUGGGUGGGAGCGAGUGAGGGAAGAUCGGCCCGAGGCGGCGGGAUAGUGGCUGUGUACGGGCGGACUGAGGAGGGUGGAGGUGUCUCACAGCCUGGGCGGAGGUUACAUUGUGGUUGUGAGAAGAUGUCGGCAGCAGACAAACGGGUGGUGGAGGAAUGGCUCUCUGAGUUCAAGAUGUUGCCUGAGACCUCCAUAUGCAGUUAUGCUUCAAGUUUGAACUGCAAGAGUACUCUGGUUUCGGAGUUGUACACAGUCAUCAGUGAAUCACGCAGUGAGUUGUUGGAGCCAGUUUGCCACCAGUUGUUUGAAUUUUAUCGCAGUGGAGAGUUUGAACUCAAGAGAUUCACUUUACAGUUUCUCCCUGAACUAAUAUGGAGCUACCUUUCUGUUGUAUUGGCACGGGACAUGCACAGUAGUGGCUGCAUUGAGGCUCUUCUCUUGGGCAUCUACAACUUGGAAAUUGUGGAUAAGGAUGGAUGUAGCAAAGUGUGUUCUUUUACUGUGCCAUCCCUAUCAAAACCAUCAGUGUACCAUGAGCCUUCUAGUUUUGGUUCUAUGGCACUUACAGAAGGCGCUUUAUCUCAGCAUGGCUUGACUAGAGUGGUACAUACUGGACCUCAUUGUCAAAGGGAAACGUUUACAGCACAAAACAGGUUUGAAGUAUUGACGUACCUGUUGCUAUGUUACAAUGCAGCUUUAAUCUACAUGCCUUCUCCUUCUCUACAGUCUCUGUGCCAUAUGUGUUCUAGAGUGUGUGUUAGUGGAUAUCCAAGGAAGUUGCAGAAGAAAUAUGAAAAUGUCAACAGCAGAAUACCAGUCUCCCCAGAGUUUAUGGUACACAUGUUAACAGCUGUUUAUUAUGCUAUAUAUAAUGGAGAAUGGGACUUGGCUUGCAAAGCUCUGGAUGAUGUGUUGUAUAGAGCUCAAUUGGAAAUGUUUCCAGAACCUCUACUGGUUGGAAAUGCAAUCAAAAAUACAUUGCCCCCUUCUGCCCUAAAAUCUUCAAAAGAUGCACCACGGUGUAUUCAGGUAGAGAUAACUCCAACCUCAUCCAGAAUAUCUCGGAAUGCAGUCACGAGUUUAUCGAUACGAGGACAUCGAUGGAAGAGGAAUGAAGCAACUUUAGAAGUCCAGGAGGAACUCAUGAACAUCACUGAAGUAGAUGAAAGAUUUUAUUCCACAUCUUCCAAUACAGUUGUGGUAACUACUAAUAACAAAGUAUCUGCUGGAAAGGCCCAAUGGCAACCACUGGGUAGCAAACCAGGCAAAGAAAUAGCAGAUGAAACCUGCCAGGUAUACCUUGCUCAUAAACACCAGUCUCAAAGAGCUGUGAGUGAGAAUUUUGACCUUUUGUCCAUGAAAAGAUUGACUCUAACAAACAGCCAGUCCCUACCUAAAUCUGGAAGUCAGAGUCUGGCAAACACCUCUACGGUGCUCUUCAGUAAGUCAUUUGAACAGGUUAGUGGAGUGUUUAUUGGAAGUAGAAAUGCAGCAGAAUCAAACAGAUUGUCAGCCUGUAGUCUUCAGGAUGAUAGACUUGUGUCAGAUCGUGACCUUCAGGCCUCCAUCACACAACAGAAGCAACAAUGUUCAAUGAAUUUUAAUGUUCAUCUCUCAACAGAUAUGUAACUUUGCAAGUUGGAUAUUAAAGAAUUUUUUUUCAGAAUUUUUUAUUGAGCAAAUAUUUUCAAUUUCUUAAUGUACCUGUGUAAAAUUGAACAAUGAAAAGUAAGGUUCAUAAUGUGUAUAUUAAUGAAUAUUCUAAUUUUGGCUUGACCUAUUUUGAAGAAUUGACUCUUUUAGAAUAGUAAAAAACCAUGAACAUUGAAGAAUUGGCCUUGUAAUAUUUUUUCUGUUGUAAUGGGUUUAAUUAUUUCUACCACAUUUAAUUGAAUUGUAUUUCAAAGGGAGAAAAAUACUAUAGUAUAAAAGCUGUGAGCUUUGAAAUAGCUAUAUACUGUACAUGUAGAAUUUUGAUAUGAAUUUUAACUGGAUCUUUCACCCUGCAUGCAUUUUUGAAUUUAUGAUCUGUACAUAUGCUUCAGUGCCUUUUUCAAAGACCUUUUUUUUUACAAACAAGUGCUGCUUGAAAUCAGUACCUAUUCCUAUUUCUGAUAUCUCCUUGCAUUAACAAUUUCAGAAUUUCAUUGUUAAUCUCAAUGUGCUCUAGAAAUUAAAAUGCUAACUUGUGGAACAAAUAAAAGAGUUUGUUGGAAAGUUGCAAAAGCCAAUCCCAUUAUUGUGGUUCAGGCUGUCACGUAAGUAUUCUGAACAAAAAUAUACAAUGUUAAUUUGAUGUUUCCAGACAAAUGGCUUAUUGUAUUUAAAUUGCACAUUAUUGUUCAAUUGUUCAGUUUAGAAAUGGCCUCAAAGCCAAAAUACAUUUGGGAAAUAAAAUUAAUUGAAAUUAUUUUGCAAAAGAUAAUUUCAUGUUUAGCUUCCUUGGACAAAUUGCUGUAUAACUUGAAUCAUAUUAAUUUCUGAAUUGUUUAAAUGUUUUUUCUUAGCAAUAUAUUUCUGA